CACGUUGUUGUGUGUCGGCUCCUGCCCCGUGUGAUCGUCCGAUCUGGGGGCGAAGAGGUGUGAGAGCACGGCCCCGGCUGAGGAAGUGACAUGAGAACAGCCCGGCUCUUCCACCGCAGCGCCAGCCCGACUCCCCGCUCCCCGGACCGCCAUGCCCCCGCAGCGAGUGCUCCCCCUGCCGCGGCAGCAGUCCCUGCUGCUGCCCGCCGUCAUCAACCCCUUCGUGCAGGACACCGAGCUGUCCCGGGCUGCGAUCAUUAAAUGUGUCCUCCUGGGAAUCUUCCUGGUGCCCAUUCGGGCCAUCCUGCUGUCCCUGGUUCUCAUGGUCACAUGGCCGGUGGCCAUCAUAACAACCUUCAAGCAUCCUCUGAAAGGAGCAGUGGAGCCAAUGACAGGCUGGCGACGGUUCAUGUGUCGGAGAUUGAUGGCCGCCCUGGGGAGGGCUUACUACUUCUGCAUGGGCUUCAGAGUGGUGGUCAAGGGGAAGCAGGUCAGCAGCAUCGAGGCCCCCAUUCUGGCUGUGGCCCCCCACUCCACCUUCUUCGAUGGGAUUGUGUGCAUUGUUGCAGGCCUGCCCUCCACUGUCUCCCGCGUGGAGAACCUGGCCACACCCAUCUUUGGCCGGUUCGUGCGCUGUCUCCAGCCAGUGCUGGUGUCCAGAAAGGACCCUGACUCACGGAAGAAUACAAUCCAAGAGAUAGACAGCAGAGCCAAGUCAAGAGGACACUGGCCACAGGUUCUUAUCUUUCCAGAGGGAACGUGUACAAAUCGCUCAUGUCUCAUCACUUUCAAACAAGGUGCCUUUAUCCCAGGGGUCCCUGUGCAGCCUGUGGUUAUGAGGUAUCCCAACAAACUAGAUACAGUGACUUGGACUUGGCAGGGUUUCAGCUCGAAGACGCUGCUGCUCCUAACACUUAGCCAGCUGUACACCACAGUAGAGAUAGAGUUCCUGCCGCCGUAUAUUCCCUCAGAAGAGGAGAAGAAAAAUGCGCCUCUGUUUGCCAGCGGAGUGCGAGAAACUAUGGCGCACGCUUUGGGAGUUCCAGUAACAGACCACACUUAUGAAGACUGCCGCCUCAUGAUCUCUGCUGGUGAACUGACUCUGCCCAUGGAGGCCGGCCUGGUCGAGUUCACCAAAAUCAGCCGUAAACUUCAUCUGAAGUGGGACAAUGUGAGGAAAGAGCUGGAGGGUUUCGCGUCCAUGGCGAGCUCCUGCAAGGGAGGACGCAUCACUAUCGAUGAGUUUGCCAAAUUCCUGAAGCUACCGGUCAGCUCUGCCCUUGAGGAGCUGUUUGCACUGUUUGACAGGAACGGCGAUGGCACUAUAGACUUCAGAGAGUACGUGAUCGGUGUGACCAUCUUGUGUCGACCAGCCAACACUGAAGAUGUUCUCCGAAUGGCUUUCAAGCUGUUUGACAGAGAUGAGGAUGAGAGGAUCACCAGGGAGGAGUUCACCGCUCUGCUGCGCUCCGCUCUGGGUGUGUCCAACCUCAACAUGACCAAGCUCUUCAAGGAGAUUGAUGCUGACGGCUCCGGCUUCAUCACCUUCAGUGAAUUUCAAGACUUCGCCACAAACCACCCGGAGUACGCCAAGCUCUUCACCACCUACCUGGAGCUCCAGAGAUAUCAAGCGAUCCAGGAGGCGAUGCCGGGUGAUCUGGAACUCACCGGUCGGCCCAGUUCAGGGGAACAACAGGAGGAGAGCACCUCGGACAAGAAAGAUGACUGAGACAAGCGUAAAAAUAACCUGCGUGACUGCGCUGAGAGACAGUAAACUGCACCGACUGCACUGAGAUGGAAAAGGCAGCAAACUUGAGUCAGUUGCUAUGGCGGAGCCUUUUCGUUGAUGUGGUUUAUUGAGUACUUCUAUUUUCAAUUUUAGUGCCUUAUAGAGAUUUAAAAAAACUACUCCCCAAGUCAUUGCACAACAAAUGUCUUAUGGCCAGAAGCUGAUAUUGCUUACACCGUUUGUGUGUGUGCGUGCUUGCGUACAUGAGUGUGUGGGUGUGUGUGUGUGUAUUUUACGUGUCCUUUUAGAAAAAAAUGAAACAAUUAAAAGUUAGUUAAGGGUGACAUGAAAACUCUGUGUUUCGGUGACCUGUGUAAAACCUGCAGUCUUAAUAGUUGUAAUGUUAAUAAUAGUGUUUUACAGUAUAUACUUCAGUCUAUAUUCCUCAUUGUAAAAACUGCCUCACCAUGUUCUCCGCUUGGAUUCACCACUCUCUGUAGCCUGAGCUUUCCACUCACUUGCUUGGACUUAGAUGAACUUAGGGUUGUGUACCUUCAUCCUUUGUCUUUGUGGUUUAAUGUAAAUGAGCAGAGAAAUUGCCAAACACAACAAACACAGUUUUAAACAAAAGCGAGGAGUCCUCGUGCUUCUGUGUUUCUGUAUAAUUAGCGCACAGUAAGUUUUAUUAAGAUCUUUCUAAUCUGGCAACACGCAGUUGCUCCGCAGAGCAUACAUGCUGCGUGUUACACUUUCUUUUGCCCAGCGCUCAGGGACACAGACCUUGUAAGGCGGCUGUAUAAUUAGCCAGAGGUUUGCUUUGCAUGUGUACCCAUUUGCAUUUCCACUGAAUACGGUUUUGCUGAGGCAGCAGUGCGUCUGUGUGGCUUUAAGUUUAUUAAAGCAAAUCAAGCAAUGAAAAUAGGGCAAUUUGUGAGCAAAAAGGCAACAGUGCUUCUUCACAACAGCAUAUUCCAGCGGGGUAUGCUUUCAGAUUAACUAGCACCACUGUUAUUUAUUUAGCAAACAGGGUGCGUUGCAAUUAUGUGAUUGUUUUUUUUUUUUCUUCUCCUUUUUGCCAAGUUUGCUUUUUAGAAUAAAACAAGAGAACAAUUUUAACUCUUGCCUCACUCGUGUGGUUGUUUUUUUUUUAAUUUCACCACUGAAGAAACUUGUAAUGACUUUCAUUGACUUUAUAAGCAGUAUUUUAAUAAUGAGUGUAAUGAACGGGCUACAGCUGCACCAACUGCCACCGCCACCAGGUGCCAGCACUUACCUAUUACAAAUUCUGUGCGUGUGUGUGUCUGUUUGGGUUACUUGUCAGUACCAGUUCGAUUUUUUUUUAUCUCUGUAUUUCAACUCACCUUUGAAUUGAUGUAAACUAGGCAGGGAUGAGUUAGAAUCUGAUUUAAUGUGUGUAUUGGCGAGGGCUGGAGAAAACUACAGAUAUGUGUGUGCACGUGUAACAUAUGUAACAUGUGUAAUAUGUAACCCAGAGCAACAUAGGGUUGGUAUUCUGAGUAUUGGCAGAAAUUCUGUUAUGUCAGAGCAGGAAAAGCACGAGAUAUAACUGAUGACAUUAACGAUGGCUCUGUUCAGUUCAAGAGUCUCUGUGACAGGACCGCGUGACAAUGAGCCGACGUGCACAAUUUCAAACCCCUGAGACCGAAGCAGCAGAAUGGAAUUCAGCCAUCCUUCAUUUUGUCAUUUACACCUGCUGUGAUGUGUCCAAAUGUCUUUCUGGUUUAACAUGUAAAUCCAUUUUAACUCAUUAACUGCACAGAGAAAAUAUUGUAUUGUUGGACUGGAUAUUGCAUUGAAUCAUGAAAACGCAGUUAGGUGUGACUGGAUUUUCUCAUGUUCAAUAUAAACAUGUUCAUCAUAUUAGAAUAUAAUUUCUCAACCCUUUAGAUAUGAUGUAUUACUAGUAUUUUUAAAUGUCAUGUAAAUCAAUGUGCACCCAAUAAACAUUUUCAUUCAUUUCUACA